AUGCAGGUAUCACCUCUAUUGACACCAACAAACUUUAUAAGCAAUAUCAAAAAGAGACCAAGAGCAAUCAUCGAUGAUGAUUUUGAGUCGCAUUAUUUUAAAAAAAGAUUGAUUUCAACAAUACCAAACCUGAAGCCUCCCUCACCCACUUCUACCACGAAUAAAUGCUGCAAUAGAACACCUCGCUCUCCUAAUUUCAAUGAUUCAUUAGGGGGAAAUGUUACACUAUCACCAACAUUAGAGGAGGAAGAAAGCACUACAUCAAAUCACCGAGCAUCAAUCGACGAUACAUCACCAUACCCUAACCAAAUACACUUGAUGGAUAUCAAUGGAACCUUGUUACCGAUGGAGCAAAAACCUGGCGAAACAAAGUACUCUAUCCCGGGAUUUGUAUUGUCUGACACUACAAACAAACCCUUACAACCUCCGUCAGGGCAGUUAAUCUUAUACGAGAAGAAUCCAGUCCUUGCCUCCAUCGAAAAAGAACAACAACUUCACCAACAAAGUGACGACAAUGAUAGCUUGACAAGCGAGGAAAACGAUAAUGAUUAUGAUCCAAUGGAUCUUGAUUAA